GGAAGGCUAGUCACGCUGCAGGGUUCAAACAGAUCUGGCUGGCCCUGAGCUGUGCUAUGCUAUAAACAACCUCAGUGUCCCACAUUGAAUAACUGCAGAGCACACUCAGGAGCUCUGGACACUUGUGUUCUUUAGUAGUAGGAGAAGCUUAAUGUCAACAAUAUGGGGCAUCAGGUGAUAAUAUUUGACUUUUCUGUCAUAAGAGGACUAUGGGAAACUCGAGUUAAGAAGAGCAAAGAACGUCAGAGGAAGGAGAAAGAAAGAUUAGAACAAAGUGCUUUGGAGAAGAUAAAACAGGAAUGGAAUUUGAUACUAGAGUGCCGUAAGAAAGGUAUUCCUCAAUCAAAAUACCUCAAGAAUGGCUUUGUAAACAUCAAUGAGAAGAACCUGGACAUCCAUGGAAAGAAUCCUCAGCUCAAGAAGAAUCAUGCCUUGUCAGAUGGAGCAAAUAAAGAACGGAACAAGUUUAUUUUUCAGCUUUCUGGAGAGCAGUGGACGGAACUCCCAGAUUCUCUGAAAGAACAGAUCUAUCUAAAAGAAUGGCAUGUGUACAAUACAUUGAUACAGACCAUUCCAGCCUACCUUGCACUAUUUCAAGACCUGAGAGUACUGGAACUGUCAAAAAAUCAAAUCAACCAUCUUCCAGAAGAGAUUGGCUGCUUAAAAAACCUCAAAGUGCUCAAUGUGAGUUUCAAUAAUUUGAAGUCAGUUCCUCCAGAACUGGGUGAUUGUGAGAAUCUAGAAAAACUGGAUUUGUCUGGAAAUAUGGAAAUAACAGAGCUCCCAUUUGAACUAAGUAAUCUGAAACAACUCACAAUUCUGGAUGUGUCAGCAAACAAGUUCCAUUCUAUUCCAAUUUGUGUUCUCCGGAUGUCUAAUUUGCAGUGGUUGGAUAUUAGCAGCAACAGCCUGAAGGAUCUCCCAGAAGACAUAGACAGGUUAGAUGAAUUGCAGACGCUCCUCCUACAGAAAAACAAGUUGACUUAUCUUCCACGAGCUCUUGUCAAUAUGCCAAAGCUCAGUUUGCUAGUUGUCAGUGGUGAUGACCUGGUUGAGAUACCCACAGCCAUCUGUGAGUCAACCACAGGUUUAAAAUUUGUAAGUCUCAAGGACAGUCCUGUUGAAACGAUUGUAUGUGAAGACACUGAAGAAAUUGUAGAAAAUGAACGUGAACGUGAGCAAGUUGAGAAAGAGUUUAUGAAAGCAUACAUUGAAGACCUAAGGGAAAGGGAGUCUACUCCUUCCUACACUACAAAAGUAAUGCUCAGUCUCCAGCUCUGAAGAUUAAAAAUCUCUAGAUCUCUACUGAAUAUCUGAAUAACUCUCUUUUUAUACACCUGAAUAGUAAACACAUGAAAAUAUAGAUGGCCAGAAUGACAUCAAAAUCACAUUGAAUUAUUUAUUUGUUUUCUGUAGGCUUUUCAAGUAACUACAGAUAAAACAAGGAGUGGUAGAACAUUCAUAAGAUGCUGUUUCACAUUUUAAGUCAACAUGUUUAUUUUCAAGUUCACAGCAACAGCCACUAAUUUGCAUGCAGACCCUCUGAAAGUAAAAUUCACUGUAACUAAGUAUACACAGGCAUAGCUGAAGAAUGAAGACAUUGUAUGUUGUAGCUGGAACAGCGAAAUGCAAAAUAUGAUCUUCGGAAGAGAUUUGAUUUUAUAAAAGGGGAUAAACUGAUUUAGAAAAUGAAUGUGAUCUGUUGUUAAGACCAAAUACACAUUUAGGUAUUUACAAUAUUGAAAUUAGAACACACUUGUAGUUUGCUUUUCUGCAGGAAAAUUAUUCUUGGGAUUUUCAGUUUAGAUAAGUUUCAACAACUUUACAUAUAGAAGCCGUAGCACUUCUUUUAUUCAAGCAUAUUUUAAGCUCUAACCUCUUUGCAAAACCAAGUACCAAUGUGACUGAGAUUUCUGCGCUAUGCAGUCUUGUAGUAUAGUUGUAUACUAUGUAAGAUUUUAAGGCACUUAGUGGUGUCAGCUAAUACUAUCAGCAAAAUGAUGAUACAGGUAUUAUAUUAAUGGUUUCAGAUCACAGGAUUUUGUGGACAUUUGUUGGAAUUUUCCAAGUAGUGUAAGAAUGAGUUUGCUGCUAAAACAUUAUUUUGCUUGCUAUUUAAUUAUCUGUUUAUAUAUAAUUAUUUAAGUGUAUAUCAAGUAGAGUUUCAGAAACCUAGUUUUACAUGUAUUUUUGUUUAAUAAAGCAAUCUUUUUAAUCUAAAAAACUUGAGACUUUGAGAAUUGAGAAUCAAAUUAGAUUCAAAUUAUAGAAUUUAAAUGGUCCUGAACUUAUGAGUGCAGUUAAGUGAGAUAAUAUUUACAUCUUUCUUUUUCAUUAUGGGUGAUCUGUUUUCAGUUUUGUGCAGUAGCAUGUCACUUAAGUAGCCAUAUUUAAAACACAAAGCAAUGAAGGAUAUGCUCCUCUGGCUUUCAUAUAGAAAAAGAACUUUAGAUGUCUUCUUUUCAAUAUUCUAGUAUUCAAAUUUUAAAAGAAAAAAACAUUUUAAAUAGUGGGUGUGUUAUUUCCACUUGCAGUCUUCUUUAUAUUACUAUCAAAAUGAAACCCAUUCAAAAUGGUCUCUAUAUGUUAAUGCAGAUUUUAAGCAAGUUCUGAUCCAGGGGGAAGUUAAAAAAAAUUAGAAAAAUUGGCAUUGAUCUGAAGCAGAAUAAUAGAAGACAUUUUUUUUAUCAUUAAGGACAAAUUGAAAUAGGAUAAAGUAGUGUCAAAUUAGUCUCAGAGAGUUCAGGCUAUGUGAAACUAUCCUACCACACUUUCUUUUAUUGAGAUUAUAAAUUUAUUUUAUUGAUAUUGAUAUAAUAAACUUCUGUAAGACAUCUGAUAUUGGUUGAAAUUCUAUUUCUAAAAUCUCUCAUAGUCUAAUAUGAUCCACUGAAAAUUAUAGGAAUGGAAAUCACAAAGGCUGUAUUUAUAGAAUGGAGCUGCAACUACAAAAAACUAGGGAUGCAAACACAGAUAACAAAACAAAAGUGCCAGUGCAAAUUCUACUAUCAGCAGUACUGGAUAUAUAAACAGAAAGCACAUGAAUAGAGAAGUCAUAUUAGUCCUUAGCAUUGCUGUUAAUCUUAUUCAAAAUUUUUUUCUAUUCACAGAUAAGACUGAUAAAAAUAAUUUGGAGACAGAAACAAAAAAUUAGCAUAAAUAAAAUCCAUGCAUUUUUAAGUUCAUUGAACAGCAUUGUUCUCAAGUCCAUUUGCUUGUCAAUAUUUAUAAAUGCAAGGCCACUGUCUAGAAGCAGGACAUUUUAAUGCAGCAGGCAAACAUAAGGCAGAAGACUAAAACUUGAAUUCACAUAUCUGAAUUAGAAAAAAAAAAGGUCUGUUUUUCCAUAAAAGGAACCAUGAGAUUAUUUAUAAAAUACAAAUUCUCAAUCACCAGCAAUAUUUAAGUUCAGGUUAACAUGUUCUUAAAAAAAAAAAAAUCUGUAACAAUUAAGUCAUGGAAAAUGCAAAUACAGGAGGUCCAAAUAGUAUUCUCCAACUUGACUUCAGACACCUUUCAAUCCAAUUUUCAUGGAAUCACAGACUGAUUUCAGUUGGAAGGGACAUUCAAAGGUCAUCUAUCCCAAUCAUUCUCUCAUAGACAGGGAUGUCUUUCAUUAGAUUGGGUUUUUCAAAGCCCCGUCUAAGCUGACUGUGAAUAUUUCCCUUGAUGGGGCACCCAAAACAUCAAGUGACUCUCCAGUCUUGUCACAGAGAAUUUCUUCCUCAGAUCCAAUCUAAGACUAAAGCUACCCUAUUUCAGUUUCUUACUGAAACUUAUCCUUUGUCCUGUCACUUAAAAUCCUGCUAAAAAUAUCUUUCUCUAAUGUUCUCAUAAGCUUAUUUAUAUUGAGUAGCUGCAAUAAGACUUCUUUUCUCCAGGCGGAACAUCCUCAACUCUCUCUGCCUUUCCUCAAAGGAGAGGUAUUUCAGCUCUUUCCUCAAAGAAGAGGUGUUUCAGUGAUUUUUGUAGCCCUCUUCUGGAUCUACUCUAACAGGGUACUCUAACAUCUUCCUUUUGCUGAGAAUGAUGCAGUACUUCAGGCAGAGUCACAGAAGAGUAGAAUAGAGACUCACCUCCCUCAGUCUGCUGGCCUGGCUCUUUUUCUUGCACGUAAGGCUGGUUUUCUGGGCUGCAAGAACACAUAAUAAGCUCAUGGUCUAUUCUACAUUCAUUAGUAUCCCCAAGUCCUCCACAGGGCUGAAAACUUUUAUUCCUACCUCUCCUAGAACAUUUCUUCCUGAAAUGUUAUCCAUAGAUAAGAAUUUUUUUGUCACUGUUGUUAACAGAAUUUGUGAAAUACCUUUGUUUUAAGGGGAAGAUGGAGUAUGAUGGUCUCCAUUACACUUAAGAUGUGCAGUGGGUAAAGCCAGCUGCCACCUGUUACUGAAAUACCUAAUUUCAGCAUUAUUCCAUUUAAGUCAUACUUCCAUGUCCUUUGCAUAUUUAUCAUAUGAUGUUAAAUAUAACUUUAUCAGAGUCCUCCACUGUAGUAAAAAAAUAUGCAUAUCUAAAGGUACUUAAUUUUUAAUUAGAUCUAAUUGUACUGCUUUUCUAACUGUUUUACUAGCAAGUAUACUUUAAACUAUUAUCUUUCAUUAGGAAACAAUACUACGAAAGAGAAUUCUGUUAUUGGCAUGUUUAAUAUUUUUUCAAUUUUUGAAAGUGAAUAAUUUUAUGAACAACAGCAAUUCUGUGUACAAUGGCAAUUUAUGUUAUUUACAAGCUUCUGGUGCCAGAUACUUAGAUACCUUAAGGAAAACAAUGUGCUUUUUCUUCCACACUGCAUUUUCUACAGCUGCCAAACACGACACCUCCUAAAACUCAACACUUUUUUCUACUUUACAGGUAACUGCUAUUUCAAAGCAGCAAGACUAGGAGGAGUUGAAAUGCGUCUUCUAGAAUACUCAUGGGCUCAAUGUGCAAAAGUAAAUCAGAAAAUCAUUUUUGAUUUUGUUUCUUUUCAUUAUUGUAUAUUGUGGCCUUUUUUCUAAGGAUAGCCAGGAAGACAAACUUAUAAGGAUAGCAAAUAACCUCAUAUUUAAUUAAUGAAUGUCUAGGAAUAACAUAAUCUAGCAUCAGAUAUUGGCUUAGUUUACAGUUAACACUGUACAAUACAUUCUUUUCCCACCCCCACCUCUUGAGCAUUUAUGAAACAUCAGAAUUGAUUUACUGUGUUUACUUUCUGCAAUGGAAGCACCAAGAAAAAUAAAAAAUCGAAUGGUCUUUUCUUGAGGAGGUAGGCUCUAGGUCCUGGUUUGUGCAAGAUUUCAUAGAAUCAUAGAAUGGCUUGGUUAGGAAAAGACCUUGUAGAUCACCUAGUUUCACCUCCCUCUGCCAUGGGAAGGGACAAUUUCCACUUGACCUGGCUGCUUAAAGCUCUACCCAGCCUGGCACUGAACACUUUCUCUGAACACAAUUUCUCUGUUCCAGUGACUCAUUACACUCUGAGUAAAGAAUUUCUUCUAAUGUUUAAUUUAAUUCUGAUAUAAAUUUUAAAAUGGUUCCCCAUUUGACCUAAAACCAUCAGAUUGCAUUAAAAAUAACUUUCCCUCUUUAAGUCCUGUUAUUAUAGUGGAAGUUUGCCAUAAGAUCUCACCAAAAUCUUCUGUUCUCCAGGCUGCACAAACCCAGCUGUCUCAGCCUGUCUUCAUAGAAGACAACCCUCUACUUGUUUUUGGUCCUCCCAACAGGUCCACAUCUUUGUUGUGGUGAAGACCCCAGAGCUGGAUGCGACAUUCCAUGUGGUUUCUCACGAGGACAAGGCAGAGGGAGAAAAUCACGUCCUCCAACCUGUUGGACGUGCUGAGUUUGAUGCAGCUCAGGACACAGUUGUUUUUUUCUAGGCUGUGAGUUCAUGUUAUUUACUCAUGUCCUGUAUUUCAUUCACCAUAACGCCCAAGUCCUCAUCAGGAUUGCUCUCAAUGACUUCUCCAUCUGUGUUCACAUCUGGGAUUGCCCUGACCCAGGUGCAUCACCUUGCACUUCACCCUGUUGAAUCUCAUGAGGUUCCCAUGGGCACACUUCUCAAGAUUGUCCUGGUCCUUCUGGAUGGUAUCUCAUUCUUCAGAUGUGCCAACAAUUCCACUCAGCUUUGUUUCAUCCACACGCUUGCUGAGGUAGAACUUGGCCUCACUGUAAUUGAGACAGACAUUGAAGAGCACUGGUCUCAGCAGAGAGCUCUGAGGAACAUCUCUAGUCAUCAGUUCCACCUGGACAUUGACUUCAAUUCUGUGGAUGUGUCUGUCCAGCAAAUUCUUACCUACUAAGCAGUCCAACUUCAAAUUCAUGUCCAAUUCAAAGACAGCUGGUCUUCAUUUGGAGAUAAGGAUGUUGUGUGGAACAGUGUCAGAUGCCAGGGAGAAGUCUAGAUAGAUGACAUUGGUCAGUCUUUUUUUGCCAACCAUUGCAGUUGCUCCAUUACAAAAAGCCACCGGUUUGGCCAGGCUAAAUUUGCCCUUAGUGUUGUGGUUAUAGAAAAAAAGGGAUGUGGUUUCUGGGGCUGUUCAACUCCAUACUGCCCACAUUAUUGUGGAGCCUUGGUUCAGCUUUCUUUUAAUGACUUGAGGGCUUGAGGGAGGGGGUGUGGAGUUUGCAGGGUCAGCCCAGUUCAUCCAACCCCUCUCUGCUACCGGCAGUCCUUGUGCUGGCUGCCUCAGAUCACUUUCUUGUCUUUCAUGUGCCUUAAAACAUGUUCUAGGAGGAUCUGCUGCAUGAUCUUCCCAGGCACAGAAGUGAGACUCCCCAAUCUGCAAUUCUCUGUGUCUUCUUUUCUCCCCUUUUUAAAAAUAGGAGUGAUGGUUCUCUUUUUUCCAAGCACUGGAGAUUUCACCUGUUCGCUAUGACUCUUCACAUAGGAUGGAGAAGCACUUGGCAAUAGCAUCAUCACUCAGGAUUCCAGAUGCAUGUCAUCAGGUCCUCUAAAACUUGUGAUUAUUCAGCUUCACCAAGUGAUCUCAAGCCUGCUUUUCAUUGACAGUAGGAGAGAACUCACUCCCCCAUCCCACUUAGAUGUUCAGUGACUUAAGAGACAUGGGAUGUCUGGUGAUGGGAGAGGGUUGAAGCAAAGAGCUUUUUUUUGGGUACUACAUUCUUCUCCAUACCUGCUGAUAUCAGAUUUCCAUUCUCAUCUACCAGAGAUGGGAGUACACUCUUCUUGGAAUUUAUUUUCUGGCCUACAUAGAUAUAACCCCUUCUGCACUGGAGAUCUCUUCUUUCUCAUGAUUUACAGGUAUUUCCUUGUUGUUUCCUGGAAGUGCUGUUGUUUCCUUGUUCCUCUCUGACACUUGGAAAUAUAUAUCUUUCCCUUGCUGAGUAUGGUUUAAAGCUCUGCCAAGAAGUCCAGCCAGUUCUUUCCUAGAACAUGCUCAUCUCAACCAGUCAGGUGAGCCCCAUUGACUGUCUGCUGUUUCUCAAGGGUGCAUCCUAGAUCAUAGAAGCCAAAACCUUGAGCAUGGUAUCAGCCAUGCAGUCAACCAUUCCCUUGAUCCAUUCAUCUUCUUUCUGUGUCCCCAGUCUCCAGCUAGGGAUUUACCCAUGGUUCUGGUCCCUUCAACAUCUCCCUGAAGGAUGUGAAGCCCCUUUUGAUACUUUGCAAACUCUUUGCUGCAGCCUAAUUUGGCUCUGUGUGGAAGAGUAGGAGUGCAUGGUAGUCCUCUGGUUUUAUGAGGUGGGGCAGCCUCUUUGUGUCUUUGGGAAUGUGAGCCCCCAGUACACAGUAAACCUCUCAAGAGAGGUCCAGAUGGCAAAUGGGUACUUCAGCAGCUCUCAGUGAGAAAUCAGCAAUUACUAGCAAUGUUCAUGCUUUUUUGGUGUCACUUUCUGCAGAGAUUAGCUCCUGCUUUAUAACGGAUAGGAGGAGGUUGGAAAGUAAAGGUUUUUCUCCUGAUUUUGAGACCUCAUUUGAACUGGUCCUCAUAAAUAGAACUGUAACUCAGCAGAACUCUGGCUCUGUACUUCCAGAGUAACUACUGUACAUUGAGCAAUUCAGGAAGAGUCUCCUCUCUUUUCAAUAGCUGAAUCUGCUACUUGGGCUGAUUCCAGCUGUGACUACAUUCUCUACUACAGCUUGCUCUCUUCUUCACUUCACUGGUCCAUUAACAGCUCUGGUAUUGCUGAGUGUAAAUAGGUGAUUUGCAUGGUGUUUUCAUUAUCUGCUGACUGUCAUUAAUAUGAAAGGAUCAUUGCUGCCUCUUACUACUCCCUGCAACUUGCUGUUUUCUUGUCAGCUGCACCAUAACUACUCUAGUAUGCAGUAUGUAACAACAGAAGGUUUAGCAAAAUCUUAGUAAAGAUGCUUUUUAUAUCUAAAAUGCUAUUGUAUCUUAAACAUAUUGCCUUGGCUAUGUUCGGAAUUUCUAUUUUUCACUAAUGCUUCCAGCCUUUUCCUAAAAUCAACAGUGACAUUUAUAAAGUAAUUAAAUUGGCUGUCAAAUCCUGGUGAAUAGAUCUAUAAAGAAGAAUAUCAUCUUAGAGAACUGAAAACCAGUUUUAGCCUAUACACGAACAAUAUUUGAGUUCAAAUUUGCAUAUACAACAUUGCAUUUUCUUUUUCAUUUGUUACAUAAGUUCAGUCAAUUUGUAGCACAGUCACCCUUUGAGCCUGUGUAUUAUGUAAUGACAUAAAACAAUACAUUUGCAAAAACCAAUUUGUUACACAGUAGGGCUAUAAAUUGAUAAAAUAUUAUUCAGUGUUUCAUUCUUAUUCAAUGUUUGCUGAUUUUUUGUAGUUGUGGUAUCUACACAACUUUCUGUCAAGAUAAAUAUUUGAAAAUAAGUUGAUCCCAAGCUUGUGGUGCUGCCCUGGCCCCAGAGAAGUAUGCCAGGUCAUCUGUUUGCUCUGAAAGCAUUCAGAGAAGGUGAGUUCAGUGGUCACAUAUUGGCCACUUUAGGAAGCACUACUGAAAACACUUGAUAAAAACAGCCAACUAAAGGAGAUUAAGCCGUUAUUUAAGGGAAAAAGAAAAAAGAGUGAUUUUGUUUUUAGUUUUUAAAGACAUCAGUAUUGCCAGGUUUACUUUCGCUAUAGCUAAGGAAGCUGUCUGUCAAAGGGUACAUUGGCAUAUCAUGGUACAUCAUGAUUCAGGAAUGAAAGUAUAAAGAAAGCAAUAGUAUUUUAAUUGCAUUGAAGUGAUCUUUGAUGACACCUUGAUAUGGAUAAAAAGAUAUAUAUCUGCUUUUAUGCUACAAGUAUGCCUUGUAUAUAUUAGGAAGUCUUCCUAUAAGAAAGGCUUCUGCUCAGAAGAUGUCCCAGGUUGCUUUUCCCCUUUGGACUAGCUGAAGAAUAUAUUUUAUUAAGCCGAAAUACUUAGGGCUUUCAGUUUCAGAAAAAUGGAAAAAGACCUCAGGAUUCUGUUUCCUGUGUUUUGUAGUACUCCUCUUUUUGUCAUUAGUAUUACAAGGUUUUACAGUAAAGGUAGACACUUUUCCACCAUUGGAUUGGUGUCCUUGGAUGCUACAGUUUUGUUAGAGGUGUUUGCUUUUGAUGUAGAAAAAAAAUACAAGUGGCUUUUUCUGUGUUUAAGAUCAAAUCGGAAUAAGAGUAGCUCUAAGAAGCUCACGUCAAUAAGUAUACUAGUUUUAAACAUACAAUACCAAGUGAAGGUGAGACGAGUUUCAGAUGAAAUCUCUGAAGUCACCAGUAAGGUAUCUUGGUCAGAGUUUGACAGUAAUUUCUUUUUCUAGUGUUGUGUUUGCAUAAUUUGUUCUUCAUAUUGCUUUUGGUCCCCUCAGGGAACUCAAGUGGAUUAAAUUUCUUGGGUGUUUUAAUUCUAGUAAAUUCUCUGUCUGUUUGACUGUUUCUACUAUCACAAAGGGGUUUAGUAAAGCAUUUCCUUUGAAAUAAAUGUUCACCAAACUACAGCCUUGCUCAUUAGUAAGUAGCUUGUGGAGAAGUUGUAGGUUAUCCAUUGUAGGUUAUUCAGUUGUUGGCUCCUGACAUUUUCUGAUCCAUUUAAGAUCAAUGUAGCAGAUACACAUGGGAAGUGCUGCUGUGAGCUAUCAGAAUAACAGUUGUAAGUGGCACCUCUGUAAUAUUGGAAUAAGAAUGAACUCUGGAAAAAAAUCUGUCAGCCAUGUUUGUGAUACUUAAGUAUUGCAUUUUAUAUGCAAUCUUCUGGGAAUUGCAGUCCAUUCCUUGUGCUCUGUGCAGUUACUAAUUUCAACAGUUUUCAUAUCUGGCUGAUGGUUUUAAUUUCCUUCCUCAAAAGCUCCCAGUGAAUUUUUUAUAAUAUAUUUCUAUAUUUUAUUUGAAAACCAUAUAGACAUAAAAAUAUCAGAAACAAAGUAAACCCAAGACAUAUUAACCACUGACUGAGAAUUCACUGAUUAUUACAAUUUUUAUUUUGGAGAGAGAUCAACAUUUCUGGACAAGUUUUCCAUUGGAAUUUUUAAUUUAACCAAGCCAUAUUUAAAGGGAAAGAUUAUUUAAAGGGAAAACUGGUAACUACUAUUGUAUUUUCAAUAUUUUAAAACAAUAAAUUUAAUUAUCUGUACAGCAUCAAGGAUCAGCUGAUUAGAAGGAAACACUGAUGUAUAUGCACUUUGGUUCAAUAUGGUUCAAUAUGGUUCAAUGUGUUAUUGCAAUCUAAAGUGCAAGGCUCAGUUUUUUAAGGCCUUUCAGUUUUGUGGCAUUUUUCUCCUAUUUAAUUUUCUAAAUUUCUAGGAGGCAAUAUGAGGUAUUUUCAGGAUAAAUAGUGUGAAUGGAGGAAAAAGCUUGAGGCUUUAGGAAAGACAAAGUCCAAAAAUAUUACAAAACAGAUUUCUCUAGGUGUUUCUGAAUUACAUGAAUAGUCUUCUAUUGUCUGAGAGGCAUGAUUGUAGACUUGAGAAGUUUGGAAAGGUUUUAAUUUAUAUUGCUGCAUGGAUCUUAAGCUUCAAACUUUUCACUUGUUUUUUGGUCAGUUGUUGUUUUAUGUGACUGUAAAUUUAGAGAGAAUAGUUGCAUGGUACAUCAGAGAGGAGUUUUGGAAAGUAUCAGAAAUGUACAUCUUCAGCCAGGAAUACCUAUUAAUUUCAAAAUGUAUUGUGACUUCUAUUCCCUCUCUGCUAAUGUUGAUAAUGUUUAUGUUGUUAAUGUUAUAUGCUAAUGUUAUGCUAAUGUUAAUGUUGUUAAUGUUAUAAACAGGUUUAUUUUUCCAUGUCUGAAGGGUUUUCAGACUGUACCAGAAUACCUCAAGAAGCUUUUUAAUUUCAAAGGUACUGGAAUUUGUGUGGGGGUUAUGCACUUCUUCCUCCCUAUAAUUGCUCUGGCUAUCUUGUCAAAUUGUUAUUUAGAAAUUGAUUCUCUCCAGAGUCAUGUCUGAUGUAGGUCUUUUGAAGCGUGAGCACAAUUUUUAUCUAAACUGCAAAUAGAGGCAGUUUUAAUGGAAACUAAACCAAACAGUAACAGAACAAAAUCAACAGAUUAAGGAAGACUAGGUUAGUACUGCAUAAUUUGAAAUUGUGUUCACUAUUACAGUCAAGGUUACUUCUUAUCAAACACCUUUAUCAAGUAUGAUUUGUCCUUGUUUUACCUUUUUUCAUGUCUCAUUAUAAAUUUCAUCCUUAUAUUUUAUUACUUAUGUAUUAUGCAGCUUUAAAAUAGAUUUGUAUUUAAGAACCUACUUUUUGUCUUCAUUCUGACCAAAAGGGGCAUUCUGGGAGCCUGCAUCCAGAUACAGCAACAACUGUGGCAAAAAGCAAUGUACAGACGACCAAUAAGAAUUUAGCUUUAUCUGUCUAUUCCCGCAGGUAAAAUUAGCAUCUGUUGGCAAAAAAAUAAGGACUGACUCUCUAGCAGAAAUCCUGUAAUGCAGGGACAAUACAGGCUGUAGGACUUUUUUUGGUUUCGAGAGAGAUGGUAAACAGGGUAGUAUUUCGUAGUCACAGAGAUUGUCUCUUUAAGGUAAAAAAGACCAUAUGCUGUCUGCUCUAGUCCAUGUAGCUCUAAGUUCAGUGUGAAAGAGUUUUAUUAAUUUAUCAUUUACCAGUGGUCUAUAAAAAAAGUAUGCCUUCAAACUCGUAUGAGCUUGACUUCCUGAAGUUUUACAAAGAUUUCUAGCCAAAAGAUUUAUCUGCUCCUCAUAUGUGUCCCUUCAAGAUACAAAUUAGCCAUCUCUCUUUCAAAAAAAUCUACAUAUUAAGAAGUACUACAUUGUGGGAAGCAGGAGGUAAUUUUUCUGAAUCUCUGUGGUCCUCUGUUUGUGGGAAAGAAAUUUUCAUUUUAGAGAGGCUGUACUUUUACAUAGAAAGCACAGCAAUUACACCUGUUGGUAGAAAGUGACAUGGCUUAGUAUUGUUCUGUCUUUUGUAAUGUGAGUAGGAAAUUUACUAUUGUAGCCAUGUCACACAUACAGACAUGGAGUGAGGAGUCUAAAAGUAAGUGCAAGGCAAUUUCCAGCUCAGCCAGAUGCAAACUACUCCUAGUUUGUAGGGCACAUGGGGGGCCAUAGAGGCUGUCUGUAAGGGCAGAUAGUGAGACAAGUGUUGUAUGUGGAAGAUUUUUGUGGUGACAAGCAAGCUACCAACGCAUAUGUCUUCUGUCUGACAGCAGAGUGCUGAAGAAGUGGCAGCUAAGUGCAGGGGAGACUUGCUUUUCGUCUGGUUGAGAUUCUUAGUGUGACAUAUUUUUGGCACCACAACCGGUAUGAACAAAGAAGAGGCUCAGGUAGCUGGAGCUGACAGAUGCUGUCAAAUAUGGGACACAGGUAGCAGCCUCCAGCCCCUUCUCCCUACUCUUACUGUAUACCUUGAUUUUAUUCUAAACCCUGGGAGAAUCUGGCUAACUGUUCCCACACAAAUCCCCACAUUCACAGAGCCCAGCUCCCACCCAUCCAACAAUCUUAAAUUCUCUUAUUUAACCUUGCUUGCUGUGCUCUGCAAAAUGCAGUGAUAGUAGGGCAAGCUGUGGACAGCACCUUGGUUCAUUGGCAUUUCUUGUCCUUUCCUUGCCUGGCUGGAGAAAAGAUGCAUGCCCAGGAUUGGCAUGCAGCUGCUGAAAGGGGCUGUCCAGCACAAAUGCUACAUGUAUCGCUGUUUGCCUUAUCCUGGGGAUUGGUGUUAGGGCCUAGAGGCACAACAACAUGUGUUACACCUUUCUGUUAGUCCCAUUUCACAACCACUUUAGAGAGACUUUAAUAAAAUUAUUAGGAAUCAUAAGUAUACUUUAGAAUACAAAGAUUUUGCUCCCAAGUUUUAGUGCUUCUGAAGAUUACUGUAAUAUCUAGCACUUUAAUAUAAAGCCUUGCUGUACAUUAGAUGUAGAAAGGUUUAUUAGAAGGGAAGCUAUGCAGCAUUGGAGUGAUUGAUUCCAUAUAAGUCUUGCCUUGGAAAUCAGUGGCAUUUUGUCAAGGGAAAAACAUUUGCAUAUCUGCUUUGACUUUUGAUGUCAUGGUAGAAAUUUUCAGAAAAUUACAUACACUCAUAUACAUUAAUUUCUUUUGCAGUACCAAGCCCUAGGCUAGACACUUCUCUGCAUUUUAGUGUCUGUCCAGAUCAGUUUAGUUAAAGAAAAUAGCGUGAAUUUUAUGUUCACAUUAUUUUUCUUUUAAAUCAGACAUUUGAGUAGAAUUGAAGGGAGAAGACUACACCAGUGAGUGCACUGUAGCAAUGAAAUUGGUUGAAAGGGAUUAUUUAGCAUAAUAAAUAAGUCUAAGGUAUCUAGGCGACACUUCCAGCACUGUGGAAAAGACUGUGAAGUACACUGUAGGUCUUUCCUCUACUUCCAAAAUCCUUAUAUAAAAUGACAAAAAUAAAAAGUAAAUGUGAACUUACAGUAUGAUUAUUGUUAUACUGCAUGCAGCUUUUUGAAUAGUUCUGGAGCUGUUCACUUUGUAAUGAAUAGUUUCACUUUGCCUCCAGUUUGCACAUUUCCUAUGACUAUCUCUGCCAUUUCUCUAGGGCAAUGUCUUUAGAUUCUUAAGCUGUAAAUAUCCCGUGGAUUCCAUAGACUACUUGGGCUUGUAGUGGCUGUAACUCAUAAUAUAAGUACUCUCUGACUGAUUUCUAGCCAAAUUGUCUUACAGACCCUGCUGUCCCAAAAAUGGGUGUCCCCUGUGUUUUCUCACUCCAGUAGUAUCUCACUCUGUCUCAGUGAAGACAUCUUUCAUUAGAAUAGUUGAAACACCAUUCUUAGUAACUUUUCUUCUGUGAGGUUUCUGAAACUUGUUGAUUCAGCUUGAGAGGUGAGAUUUCUUUUCAGAAAUGUGAGCUAUCCCUUACUCUUUCUGCCUUCCACACCAAUUACAUGAAGAGAUCUGUAGAAAUAAUCAUGUGACAGGAAAAAGACAGAGGAGUACCAUGGAUUAUUACCACAGCUUUAAUGUCAUAUAGAAAGUAGCCUGACUUAUAUAAUAGCUGCAUAAACUUCACAAGGUUAUUUUAUUGUUUUUCUUGACAAUUAAAAAAUUACAUUAAUAUUUUCCUUGUUUCAACCAUGCUUUUUGGACCAUAUAUAUUUUCUUUCUUUUUCACCCCUAAGUUUACAGAUAUCUUCAGCACAUUUUUUGCUGUUUUAGAAAACUACUAUUCUCUUGCCAUUUUUGAGGUUGAAAAUAUAGUUCUUUCUCAUAAAAGAAGUUAUAAUUUGAUAUUACUAAUAUAUCUGGUAAAAAAUUCAGAAGAUAUCAAAAGAAAGCAGCCAUAGAAUUUAGAUUGAUAUAGCUGGGUAAACAGUAGCAGAACAAGUGCUCUGUUUAUCUGAAGUCAAUAGUUGUUGUUUUCUUCCUUUACUGGCCAUUGUAAGUAUUUUUAUUUUCAUUGUUUUUGUAAACCAGCAUUGGUGUUAAUGCCACAUGCCAAGUGACUUUUUCUGCUUAACAAAAAGUCCUCUAAGAUGUCAUACCAAACUUACAAGCCAUUAAGAGAAUAUGCUGAUGAAGUUUGUAAUUGAUUUACCACAUUCAUCAGUGUAUUUCUUGACUUGAUUGCCUGGUCUUAACUGAAUUCUGAAUAAGUUGGCUACUCAUAAUUAUUUUAAAAUUGCCCAGCCUUUACAGUUUUUUAUUAAAAAAUAUCUUAUAAUAACCUUUAAGAAUAAUUUUUUAAAUUACAUUUUUUUUGUGGGAAGACUCAUAUGUCUUAUUGCAAAAAUUUCUCCAUCAACCUGCCUUCUGAUAGACAUAACUUAAUUCAAAAUCUAUGAAUGCAUGUUUUCCUUGCCAAGCAGAAACAGAAAUGUCAUGACAUCCUUUCCCUUUUCCCAAGUUCACAUUAUCAAUGCUUUCAAAUGUUGUUGUCAAGCCUCAUAUUCUGAAAAUUAGAAACUUCCUUCUCCCUUUUAAAUUUUGUGUAGUGAAUGGAUAGUGCAAAAAAGAAUGUAAAAUCAUAGAGUGAGUGUAGUGGGUUGCCCCAAUAAAUGUUUAUAUUUGUUUUGUUCUGUAUCAAGGUUGCCCUUAAAUAGAUUUUUUCCCCUGUCUUUAUACAUAAUUCUCUUAUGCAUACCAUCAGCAACAUUUUUCAUUCUUAAACAAUUUUCAUUUACUCUGUAAGAUCUGAAGUUCACUCUCAAUGGUAUUUGCAUUGAUUCUAGGAUGUCUACUCUCUCUUAUUGUUGUGAGUAACAGCCACCACUCCCUUUAAAAAAAAUAUUUUGUUCUUUCUUUCUUUUAAAAUUUUAUAUAUUGCUGAAUAAAGUGGCAUGCAGCCUGCUGUACAGGCUUCAGCACUGUGCGUGGAGCAACAUUACAGCUUUGUCACAUACUCAAGCAUGUACAAAAAAUGCUGUUUUUCUGUGGAUGCCCACACUGGUGAUUUUUCAUCAUGUUACUUACUGACAAAUCUUGAUUCUUCUCAUCAUAUUAGAAAUGCUCAAGGGGAAGUUACAUGGUUCACAUUUUAACUAAUUUCUUACUGCAUAGAACAUUUAAGGGCUUCCAUAUUAUGAUUUCAGUUUUCUACAAGUACUUCAUUCACUUAUUUGCAAUGAAGGAAAAUGAAUGUACUUCAUUUUUAAGAAAAACUUUUUGCAACAGGAAAAUUUUAUGUAAAAACCCAUGGGAUACUUUUGCAAUGUCUCUUAAAAUAUUCUUCAUGUUUAUUAUGUUGCCAUCAUGAAAUAUUCCACCUUAAAAUCAGAUUAUAUUUUUGGAAAUUUUGAAUUAGGUUCAAAGGUAAGUCCUUGUGGUGUUUUACGAGAUUGUGAAGGGAUAUCUAUAUGGAUAUUCUUAAAUAUUUCCCAAACCAUAAACAUAUGCCUUCCCCCACCCUCAGAAUACUCAUCAGUGGCAGGGGAAACUCAUAAUGGAAAUGGCCUGAAACUGCCUCAGAGGAAAUUUAGGUUGGAUAUCAGGAGAAGAUUUGUCGCCUAGAAGGUGUUUGUGCAGUGGAACAAGCUCCCCCAGGGAAGUGGUCACAGCACCAAGCCUGACAGAGUUUAAGAAGCAUUUGGACAAUGCUCUCAGACUCUUGGGGGGGUCCUGCGCAGAGCCAUGAUUUGUACUUGAUUAUUCUGGUGGGUCCCUUGCAACUCAGCACAUUUUAUGGUUCUAUGAAAAUGAAAUAUCUUAAAAUUCUGUUUAAGAAUCUUAAUUUUUUGUGUCAUCAGAGACACACAUAGUUGUUUCAUUUGUCUCAUUGAAUUAUCCUUGUAUUUUUAAAAUGUUCAAACACACUGUUCCACAGGGAAAUAUGAAGGGGAAGGGGGAAUGAAGGUAUAAAAGUAAAGAUUUUCUAGUGACAGAGAGGGCAAGCAGUAGAGAGGAAAUAUUAAAGUGAAUGGAUAGUGCAAAAAAUAAUCUAAAAUCAUGGAGUGAGUGUGGUGGGCUGCCCCCGCAAACAUCUUCCUAGCUCUUCAUUCACAUUUGCAGAAUGUGGACAAAAAAGAAAGGAGGUGAGAAGACUCAUAGGUAGAGACAAUGACAUUUUAAUAAGAAAAGUAAAAGCUGCAUGGAAGUGAAAAUGAGGGGUAUCUGCCACUCCCCAGAUGGUGUUGCUCCCUGAGAAGCAGGGCAAAAGCAUAGUGGUUGUUUGGGAAGACAAAUACCAGAACCACAAAGAUCCCUCCUUCCUUGUCUCCCUGAACUUCCAUUGCUGAGCAAGAUGUCAUAUGGUGGGAGAUAACGCAUUGGCCAGAUCUGGUCAGCUCUUUUGCUGUGUGCCCACCACUCUCAGUCUGCUCACAGGGAAGAAGGGAAAGAAGAGAAAGUCUUAAUGCUGUGCAAACAUGCGCUGUUCAGCAAUAAACAAAACACAGGUGUGCUACCAACAGUGUUCUAACCAUGAAUGCAGAGCACCACACCCAAAAGGUUGCUGUGUAGAAAUUAAAUUUUAUCCUGGCUGAAUCCAGUACAAUGAUAAUACAAACAUCAGACAGAAACAUUAAUUUUAUGAACUCUUUACAUUUCAGAGUGAAUUUGUUUAGUCAGUUGAAUUACAGAUUUUUUUUCCUUUUGUACAGAAAAAUAGAAAGCACAUACAGUGAAGCUUUCAUUUCUCAGAAAUUAAUAAGUUUGUUACAGAAAUGCAUUUUGGAGCAUGAUAAUCAAGUGUUUUGUUAAGACCAGUAUCAUUCUUUUGCUGGGAGUUGUGACCAAAAAGGAAAUGAAAAUUUGUUGCUAAACUCUGGGUUCCUAAUUCACCUUAUAACAACACCUGUUUGAUUAAUGUAAGUUUGUUUAAGCAUAGUAAACCUCAACCACACAUCUUGCCUGUCUUAAAAAAUUUAGCCAGGAGGAGCCACCAGGAAGUAAAAAACUAGCUUGCUCUUUUAAUUAAAAAGCUUACAAGGUGAAAUUUAAAAUUUAAUGCCUUUUAGUGUUAAUUUCCAGUACUUUCACUUUCUUUGCCAUAUGUUACUGUCAGGGUCUUGAUUGCUACUACUUUUGCAGCUGUGGAGGUUUUCUCUUUCCUUUUGUUCAGCAGCCUGGUACUGCUGCUGAUGCCGUGUGCUUGUUAAGGAGGUGUGCAAAAUCUGAAGCAAUUAGACAACCAAUAUAAGAAAAAAUAUUUAAAGCUUUUAAUUAGCACAGAAGUUAAGUCACGUUUUUAUGUUGCCAUUGUUAGUGCGAAUAUCAGGAAUGUGUGUCAAGCACAACUAGGAAGGGAUCCUUUCCCUGUACUCAGUGGUGGUGUCCUUUAAUUCUGUAUUCAGUUUUUGACCUCUCACUACAAGAAGGACAUUGAGGUGCUGGAGCAAGUUUGAAGAAGGUAAUCAAAGCUGGGGAAGGAUAGGGAGCACAAGUUCUAUGAAUGUUGCCAAAAACCAGCAAAAAAGCAAAAUCCUUAAGAUUAUAAUUUUUGAACCAGGGCAUUCUUCAUUGUGACACCAGUUACAUAGGGGAUAGCUCCAUCUGUUUUAGGUGCUGAGUAUGGAAAAAGCUUCUGUUUACAUACUAUAUUUCACAUACCUAUUAAUAGGUUUUCCCAGAAGAAACAUAUAUGUGAUGGUAAUUUCCCCAAAGCCAUUAACAUAUGUUCCAUUUAUCAAGACAUAGCUUCUUCUGUCUUGAGAGUGUUGUUGGUUAUCUCUGGUGGUCAUGAACUGGUGUUAUUUUUCCAAACACAUGAUGAACCGGUGUUAUUUUUCCAAAUUAGGAGAGAAGUUAACAUAUCUGGUCUAGUUAAUUAUUUUGUGAGUCCUUAGAUCAAUGAAGUGUAAUUUCUUAUUCCUCUCCUUGGUUAAUGUUGAUCAUAACUUUUGACUGUGCAGCUCCAUGGCCUAAUGAUUUUGCAAAAUUAUCAUUGUAUUAGCCCACUAGAGGCAAGCAAUUCUUCACCUGGCAACAUGAGGAGCAGUUGAAGAACCUAGGAUUGUUGAGCCUGGAGAAAAGAAGGGACAGGAAGGGCCUUACUGCUUUCUACAGCUACCUUGAAAGGAGGUUGUAGUCAGAUGAGAGUCCACCUCUUCUCCCAAGAAAUAGAGUGACACAAUGAGAAGAAGCAGCUUCAGAUUGCACCAGAGAAAGUUAAGGUUUGAAAUGAGAAAAAACUUCUUCCCUGAAAUAGUGUUCAAACUUUGGAACAGAAUGCCCACGGUAUUGGUGGAAUCACUGCCCCUGGAAGUGUUCAAAGGUGAACACUUUCAAAAGUGAAUGGUUUAGUGAUGACUACAAAGGAGUUAGUUAAACAGUUGAAAUUAAUGAUUUUGGAGAUCUUUUCCAACCUUAACCUUAACAAUUCCGUGAUUUUAUGAAUAUAUGAAGUGCAGGUUUUCAGGGUCACUCUGAGUUGUGCAGCUAAGGAGAAGAGGAAUUUUUUGGACUCAGUUCUGGAUUAUAUUUUGUUUUCAAACCAUCUUGAAUGAAAGGAAAACAAGUGCCCAUAUUUUAUAGGAUCUUUCAGAUAAGAAAGUGGAACUUAUCGUUCAGAUAAGAGUGGAAAUAGAUUUAGUUUAUAGCUUCUGCUAAAAUAAAUAAUAGCUUUUGUUAAAUGUACUGCAGAAACAUUCAACUUAGAAAGAUUAAGUAGGAUAAACAUGAGGCAGAAAACACUAGUAUAAGGCCACUGGGAAGUCACUGAAUAUCACAGGCAUAAAAAUAUAUUUCUUGUAUUUAAAUUCUUCUGUUUAUUUAAAAAAACCUGUUUCAACUCAAAAAGAGAAAAUACAUUCCUUUCAAAAUCAGUGCUGAUAUAAAGCCUAUUUAAAAUGUUGUAUGGUACACAUUCUCUGAUUUAAUGCGGCACUUUGAGUCAUUCUUUGUUUUAUGUUUGCUGUCUUUUUUGAGUCUGUCUUAUCUAAAUAUUUUGAUAUAGCAGGUUUUUAUUAUAACCAGUAGUUUAUAAUUAUGAAGUAUAUGUUUCUUAUUGACAAAUGAGAACACAUAUUUUGGUUGAAGUUUUUAAAGAGGUAUUGUUUCUGGGAUGCCUUUCUAAUUGCUUGUGAAAUAACAAUUCAAAGUGAAAGUGGACAGAGGAAAACAAAGAUUUUCAAGAAAAUUUCUUGUAACCUAACAGGUAGGAAGCAGACUACACACAGCAAAAGCCCAAUAUGCACAUUCAUUAUUGAUGUGAUAAUGUUAUUUCGGUUGCCUUCAAAUAUGUUUCAGCCACCUAAACAGAAAUCAUCCUGUAGGUUGAUUUAGGUUUUUGCAAAAAAAAAAAAAAAAAAAAAAAAA